AUGAUCCAAUCCAAUGUAGUGAGUAUUGUGCCCUCCCUGCUGGCUUACCAGACAGUCAUUCCUAAGACCUGCCCAAGCCCAGUAUCUCUGCAGAAGAGUGGCACUAUCAGGACCCCUGUAGAUGAGAUCCAUACCAGGGGCAGCCAGCAACACCUCCCUGAUCCCAGGGAUCUCAGGGUGUCCAUUUCCUGCUGCGCUGGUUCUUCCUCCCUUGGCUCUCCUGGCUGUGGCCAUGCUAGUUCUGAGCUGCUGCUGCUGCUGGCUUCCAUCCUGCUCUCAUAUCCAGCCUACAUUAUCUUUCAUAUGUUCAUCUUCUCCAGUAACCUGGGCAGCUGUAUUCUCACAGACUCUGUCUUCACUACCUACACCAGUGCCACCUUGUCCUUCAUGGCCACUGUGCUGCACAGCUACCUAACAGUCGCUCGUCCUCUGCACUUCCUCUCCUUCAUAUCCUGUGAAGCUAUCCAUAAUGUGGUGGCCUGCUUCUUCCCCAUAUUUCUCAUUUGGCUUUGCAGAUGCCAGGUUGGAGAGCUAGGAUUCUCAUGCAUCAAAUAGUUGAGACUGGACAUCAAGUUGAGCCAUGGCUCCCUAGUCACUGUCACACACAAAUGCAUCUUGUGCAUUUUCUUUCUAUGCACAGCUAUCACCUACUGUUUCUGCAUGAUCUAUGCAGGGGUCAGGAUUUCAGGUUUCUGUUCAGGCUAUUCCCAGGAAAGCAGCACUCUCCUUAUCCCAGUGCUAAUCACACUGUAUGUGAGCUCAGUGGUGGCAUUUUCCCUGGAUAUUGUGCUGACCAAGGAGCACCACAUUGAUGCCAGGACUGAUAUAUGGCUCACAGCAGCCAGCAGUGAGGUGCUCUGCUUCUGAUGGCUGCUGGGGAUAGUCUGGGGCCACUUCUCAUCCAGGAGGCACAGUGACAUUUUCACCAUUUUUCAGAUCUAG